AUGCUGGGCCUGCUGUGUCUGACCCUCUUCUUGGUUGGGUGCACCACUGCUGGAACCCCAGCGCCCCUGUCUGAGGAUGUGCUGGUGGGCAUCGUGGGGGGCCACAACGCCCCCCAGGGGAAGUGGCCGUGGCAGGUCAGCUUGAGGAUCUACAGCUACUACUCGGCCUCCUGGGUGCACAUCUGUGGGGGCUCCAUCAUUCACCCACAGUGGGUGCUGACCGCUGCCCACUGCAUCCACCAGAGAGAUGCUGACCCUGCAUCCUUUCGAAUCCACGCUGGGGAUGUGUACCUCUAUGGGGGCAAGGAGCUGCUGAGAGUGAGCCAGGUCAUCAUCCACCAGGACUAUGUGCAUGGUGUCUUGGGCUCAGACGUGGCUCUGCUCAGGCUGGAGAAAUCUCUGGACUGCUCAGCUAACAUCAAGCCUGUCAUGCUGACCUCUGGGUCUCUUGUGCUCACCUCAAAGUACCCAUGCUGGGUGACUGGCUGGGGCAUGCACCACAUGUAUGCGUCGCUGCCCCCUCCCUACCGCCUGCAGCAGGUUCGGGUGAAGAUAGUGGACAAUGCCCUCUGUGAGCAGCUGUACCACAAUGCCACCAGGCACCACUACCAGGGCCACAAGUUCAUCCAAGGCGACAUGCUGUGUGCCGGCAGCGAAGGCCGUGGGGCCUGCUAUGGUGACUCAGGUGGUCCCCUGGUCUGCAGGGUGGCAGGCUCCUGGAACUUGGUGGGAGUGGUGAGCUGGGGCUAUGGCUGUGCCCUGAGGGACAUCCCUGGGGUCUACGCACGUGUGCAGUCCUUCCUGCCCUGGAUCACACGGCAGAUGCAGAGGUUCUCCUGA